CUGCACAAUGGAGACUUUGACAAGAGACAGCGAGAGGAAGCAAGGAUUGUCCCUGCUGGGACCAAAAAUAGACGUGUGUGUGUGUGUCUCUGUGUGUGUGUGUGUGUGUGUGUGUGUUACUGGGCUGCCGGUGUGUGAGAGUUUACACAAAGACUUUGACUGAAGCCUCGUUGUUUCACACAAACGUUCACCGCCGUUAACACGGGGAAAAUUACCCAGACGUCCGUGAGCGUCUUGAGGCUAGCUAACGCUAACCAAAACAUGACUGGAGUCAACCUGAGAGUAGCUAAAGGUUAGCCAUAACGAUGGCUAUCAUGGCUGUAACAUUGGAGAAAUGAACUAAAUUAAUGUUAGUACGACUGUGAAUGUGUAUAUAUACACAUACAACAUUUUCCUGUUUCUCUGUUGACGCAGGAAUGAAGACAGGAUGGAGAGGAGUGAACGACAGACCUGCACUAAAAUGGACAGUAUUGAGGCUGUGGACGAGCUACAUCCCAGUCUAGAUGAGAUUCUGUCGUGGGCGCGGAGCUUCGAGAUGAUGCUGCGGUCGUUGGAGGGACGGGAGAUCUUCAGGGAGUUCCUGAGGUCAGAAUACAGCGAAGACAACCUGCUCUUCUGGAUGGCCUGUGAGGAGCUGAAGAAAGAGACGGAACCUUCCCUGGUGGACGAGAAGGCCAGGAUCAUAUACGAAGACUACGUGUCCAUACUAUCACCCAAAGAGGUGAGUCUGGACUCACGGGUCAGAGAAGGAAUUAACCAGAGCCUGGCUGAGCCCAGCAGCCUGAUGUACGAGGAGGCCCAGCUCCAGAUCUACACGCUGAUGCACCGCGACUCCUACCCCCGUUUCCUCAACUCCUCUGUUUACAGAGACCUCCUGGCCAGCAGGAGGCGCACCUGCCUCGACACCUAGACCCCCGACCUUGCCAUUGUACAGCAACCAGACUACUGCUAACACUUCAAAUACUACUAUGGUGCCAGGCGUUGGGUUCGGAGAAACUCACCCUCUUUUCUUGGUUGAAAAGACUCAACGACAUCACGAGAAGCUGUCGAUUUCAUUUCUACUUUUUAAGCAAUUUCUACUCAGUUCUCCACUGGAGCCGGGCCGGCCUUCGCCGGCUGGUUUUUGGUCGCUUCAUUAGGACCAUCGCCGCUGGCCAGCCGUAGUUUUUGCCUCACAGUUUGUGCUAUUUGUUUGAGGUCGACUGGCCAACGCCACCUGUAGGCCGUUUGGUGAAAAAAGGCCAAACCUGUUGGCGAGUUGUUGGAGACCUGUGGACAUGGACUCCUCAGGCAGCGGAGAUGGAGAUGAAGAGGGAGAGACAGAAAGGACAAGCCAGCUGUCCCUGUACUGUAACCUUUCUACUUCAACUUCCUCCGUCUCUCAUUCAUAGUUUUUAGUUUUGAUAUUUCUAAUCCGUUCCCGUUCGUUAGAUCGGUUCUCUCUGACAAUUAGAUGAGGAGGUCCUACUCACGUAGACCAGUAGAGGCACUGGUUCUCUCUCUCUCAUCAGUAGCUCGACCAUGUAUGCCGUGGACUGCAACCGUUUUUUGGACUUUUCGAUGUUUUCAGGACAGGACACGUGUCCGUCCAGCCGUCAGUGUUCAGUGAGGGGAAGGGGUUCGACUCCGCUCUUUAAACGUCUGCUGCAUUCUCUGAAUGGAGAAGAUCUGCCCCACCCAUCCACCCACCCACCCAUCCAACCACCCACCCACCCAUCUGUCCAUCCAUCCACCCUUCUGUCCAUUCUGCUGAGGACUUUCUCCACCUUUUACAGUUCUUCACCUGGGAGAAGUAAGGGCUAGACUUGUGGUCGGGCAGCUACAUUCACACUCAUCUGAGGUCAUGACCUUUAGCAUACACAACAAUCAUCAAUCAUGCCUUUGAGAAUUCACAAGAACUGCUGGAGUUUUCCUCUCUGUUCUCCUCCGUCCACAUCCGACCGUCACAACCUGACAGCACAGGUGUGACUCCAGAGGAGGUUCCAGGAAACCCAGCCAGGUUUCCAGAGUCUUUAAAGGUAGGAAUCUGGACCAGCAUGAGGUGGAAGACACUACUGCCAUCUCCUGGUCGUUUCAUCUUCAGUUGCAGCUUCAGGUUUUUGAUUGGACUUUUUUUUUCCCAUCUGCUGUUUGUCCACACUCUGAGUGGAGGAACUCUGGCGAUAGUUCUCUAGAAUUUAAAGAAGAAGAAGAAAACCUCAUCAUCCUCUACUGCUGUGCCAUCAUUCCUCUCAUCUGUAGCUCAUCUACGGGGAACCCUCUGAGAUCAGGAGGUGUGAAACAUCUCCAAGAAACUAGAGCAAACACCGACGGAUGAUCUCUGUUGAGGUUUGUGGAAAUCUGGUGUCGACUCGGGGGAGGAAAGGGAAGGGGGGGGGGGUCAGCAGUCACCCUGGUUCUGGACAGACUCUGGGGGCGUUGCCAAACACAAAGUCAAAGACGUCAGACCAGAGGGUCUCAGUCCCCGAGGCGUCGGUCUCUGAUUGUCCAGAGUGUGCGAUGGAGGAGCUCAUGAAACAGAUCAGUGUAUUAUUAUGCUAACACGUUAGCCUUUUUAAUUAGCCUGACCAGGUUUUAGCAUGUUAAUUGUUUUGAAAAAUAAAAAACGAAACUCACACAGGGAGGUUUUGCCAAAUACCCCCAUUCCCUCCCCCCGCACUCCCCCAUUAGGUUACAAAGUAACUUUUUUAACAAUGUGAACAUUUGGACUUUCUUUGUUCUUGGCCUGUAGGGGGCAGUAGAAAGUGCAUGAGUGCAGUAUUUAUCUCUGUUGUUGACCAGACUUGACCGGUCUGGUGAGGUGUUGGUCUGGUUUUGUCAGUUCCUCACAGGUACUGUACCUGACGUCCAGGUGCCAAGUUUGAUUCCGGCUCAGUUUUAACAGGAAGUGAUGCAGGAAACAGUUUAACGUCUUGCCCGGACUGAGAGAAGGUCUGUUUUAGGGUUGCACUAGGGCUGCGCUGUAUCAGGAAAUGUGACAAAUGUGCCAAACGAUGGGCAUCACAGACCGGAGCGUCGGUGAUGUCAGUGUCUUGCAUGUUGAUAAAACGAUGACGGUGAACGUCGCUGUCUCACAACGUUGGUUUUCUACGUCAACGUUUUUGUAAAACGACAGCCUGGGACUGGACGUUAAGGCAGUGGUUCUCAACCUGCGGUACAUAAACCACAAGUGGUGCUUUGUCUCCCUCUAGUGGUACGCAAGGAUUCUAAUUCUGGUUUGGAGUCGCUUGAUAAAUAAAUAUAAUACAAACAUAUAUUAAAAAGUGUAUUUUAAAUUUAAAAAAAGACAUCCUCCGAGUGUCAGUCUGCUCUCUUCUUCAGUGGUGUUUCCAUCAGAAGUAGAAUUCUGGAGGGUGACCUUUGACCCUGGGUCAAAACCUGCUCCUUUGUCUGUUCUCAGAUGGUUCUAGAUCAGAACCUGUUGAUGAGCUUCAGUGGUUUGAAGUGGUUGAAGUACCAGUUGUAGUACUACUGCAUGUCAGUCUUUCUCUGCUAAAUAUGAAUUCUCUCCUUCAAAUACUGGUGGGGGUCUGUGAAGACUUUAGGGACCACUAGUCUUCAGACUAGCAGUUGACGUUGUCCUUUGACAAAUGUAGUUUUUUAGGACGCUGUCCGUGGGGGUCCUGGGAUUUUGAGUCCUUUUGAUUCACACCAGAACAUUUUUUUAUUCUGCAUGUCAGGGAGGCGAGGCGAACCACUGAUCCCCCUUCAGUUUUGUGAUGGUACGAACAAAUACUAUAAUAUUCUUAACCUUUGGCAAUACACACGUCCUUCAGUCUACAUUAUUGUCCUUAAGGGCUUGAGGGCUCGUCCCGAGGUAGAUGGUUGAAGAGGCUUGGACCAGUUUUUGUAUCCGACAUUCUCCGUUGGCCGGAGGCCACGUUUGUUUUCACCCAGAGAACGCGCUGGUCGUCGGUGUUUGACCUCUGGAAACACAACGUGGAAAGAAGAGCUGCUUAUUUAGUUUGGAUUUGAAUCUCCAGAGCUGCUGUAGUGGACGCAGAGGUGUUUGAUCAGCAAACCUCAGGCUGCAGUUUCAAAACGACACCAGCAGGGUUUGGGCUGAGGACAGACCACAGGUUCUAUUGUCACAUUUUUCCCAUGAUUCCUUGUUCUGGGUGAUGACAUCACCCUGGUCAGUUGGUCCAAACGUGUGUCAGCGUAGAUGGGGACUCGAGUUCGCGACUCGGACGUGAGACGUCAAGCUUGACUUGGACUCGAAAAACUUCAGACCCGACUCGGACCCCGAUUUUGGGACUUGACUUGGACUUGCAAAAAAAGUUGGCAGCGUGAACUCAUGAUUGAACCAACUGUAAACCACUGUUGGCAGCAGCCAAUGAAAAAAGAGAGGGUAGUAGACAGGAAGUGGAGUCAGAAGAAGACAGGAAGUGGAGAGAACAAGGUUGGUGAAGAGAGAGAGAGGGAGAGCGGGAGCUCAGAGGUGGAAGAGAGACUGAUGGAACUGUGGCAAAGGGUCAGAGGUCAGAGUUUGAUGUCUUCAGUGGCUUUGACCAAUCCUGUGGUCUGUCGGUCUGGACUCCAGUCAACAUCUGGACAGACUGUCCCCGUGUGUCCUCAGCCUUAGCGUGUCAGCAGGAUACCUCUGUGGACGCGCUGGUUUAGCUAGUUCAGCUAGCGUGCAUGUAGCCUUAGUAACCAGAGCAAGUUCUCCGACACCUUUGACCAGUGUUUUU